AUGAAGGGUCUCAAUAACGUUUCAAUAGACAUGCCCAAUAUCGCAAAUGUUUUGGUUGAGAAGCAGCGUUUCGAUUGCCAAACUCUCCAAAAUGAAUUGGUUUCAAUUAAUGAAAUGACAAAUAACUCUAACACAAAUAAUUCCUUGUUUAAUAUUGUUACUCAACCAGACAAUAUUGAAGAUGUUGCCUCUCUUCUAGAGGUGUACUUUGAGGAAUUCUCUAAUCAAAGUACAACAUUUCAGACAAAUAAUUCACAGGUUUCUCAAAGAUCAACUACUGUAAAUACAUUCAUUGAAAACGAUCCCAUUACAAUAGCAAACAACUUUUCGUUUAAAGGUCCUUCGUUAAACGAACACAAUUCUGAAAAUGAGGGCUUUAACAUUGAUGAACCUUUAGUAGAACAAAUAGAUUCUAAUUCAACGUCUGAACAACAAAAACAGAAAAAUGAAUGGUCUCUUAACAUAGGAGAACCAACAGAGUUGAUCAUCAUAAGGAAGUUCGCUAAAUCUUUUUCAAACGCAUUUGAACGUGAAAUUUCUGAAAUGCAAAGUGUUUCCUCGAGUUCAAAGAAACUCACUAAAUCUCAAUAUCGAGAAAUCGCAGAAAAGUGCAGUCAAUUCUUUGCAGACCCAACUUUAUUCAGUCUUCUUCGACAAUAUUAUUCGAUUGAUGGCGAUAAGAUACAAAACGGAUCAAAUUCAGGUUCUAUUGCAUUACCCCCAUUAUCAUCAUCAAGGAUAGAAGAAACUAACGGAAGUGGGUCUCAUAUCAAAAAUAAAGAUGACGAUGUCAUAUGUCGUUCUCAAUCACCGGCAACUUCAUCAAAGAAAAGAAAGGCGAUUUCUGAUGAAUGCAAUGGACAAGAUGGACAAGAAUCGUCUUUACGUACACAAAGUAAUAAACGGGUUAAACGCCGAAAUAAGAAGGACGCACGGGAUAAUUCUAGCAAUAUUGCAUCAUCUUCAUUUUCUGAAACUUCCAAUAUAAUCGUUCCCACAGUUUCAAUUUCUUCUAUCACUGCAAAGUCUCGUAAAGGAAUCGAUCCAAGCGAAAGACCUGAACUCUCUGCUAUGGAAAAUAGAUUUUGGGAGAUGGCAGCUUUAUUGGAUAGUUCACCUUUGGCUAGUUUAAAUUCAAAAUAUCGAGCUCCAGCACCUUCAAAGAAACGCCACGAUUUGAAUUAUGUUUCUUCAAUAAUAAAUAAGAAAUCCGAUAAUAUUAAAAAUAUCGAUAUUAGUGGCGAUCCUGAAGUUGUUUUAUCCGUAGCAUUUUAUAAUCAGAGCAACCCUGUAAGCAGAACACAGGAAUUUUUGGUUCUCGGAAGUCAACCAUUAACAGCGCUUAGAGAUGCUUUUUAUUGCAUCAGUGACUUUUAUAAACAAGAAGCUUCUGAAUUAUCUGCAUCAAUAAAUGCUUUGAAUUCUUCUGAGGAGAAAAAAUCGGGUAGUUAUUUUUUCAUUGAAGAUGUGUUUUAUAAUGAUUGCAGGGAUAAAGAUGCAUUGGACUAUAGCAAAGAGAUUAUCGAUUGGGUAAAUGAAAAUGAGCGUUAUGCCCACCCAGGACUCGGGUUAUAUCAGAGAAAAAAAAUGGAAGAGGUGAAAUUUAGUGAUCUCUCGAUAAGGUUAAAUAAGCCUUAUAUUUUUGUCCAUAAAGAAGCCGAUGGGUUUGAUGUAGAUGCCUUUCCAAAGUCAACUUUUAAGUGUAAAAUUAUCCGUCACAAGUGUCGCAUGUGUACUGCACGGCCUGCAUCACUUGUAACGGUCAACGAUUUUUUUGCCGGAGAAACUCCAGCCUAUUUCUGCGACCAAUGCUAUAACCAAUAUCAUUAUGACAAUAGUUCAAACUUGAUAUACGAUAAUUUUCAG